UAAGGGGAGGGCAGUCUGUUUUGACUAAAACACGUGCGUUUGUUUUCACGUUCUCAAGAAGUGCUUUUGGAACAGAAAUGUUUUCGAUUUUUGCGCGGAGAUGCGCUGGCUGUAGUCUACGAUCUAAUGGGCGACGGUUUUUUGCUGAUCUGUUGGAAGAAUCUGAAGAACCACUGAUGAAUGGGUCCAUGCGAUUUGAGAAAAGUAUUAAUCAGGUAAAUCUGCUUGGUCGUCUUGGACGAGAUGCUGAACUGCGGGGAAGUGAAGAUCAUCCUGUAGUUGUCUUUUCAUUGGCAACUAACACAGUUUACAGAAAAAAGGAUGGUGAGACGGUAUCCCGAGUGAACUGGCACCGAGUGAGUGUAUUCAAGCCUGGUCUGAGAGAAAAACUAGCUGUUCACCUCAAGAAAGGUGACCGAGUAUUCGUGACUGGUUCUUUGAGGUAUGAUGAAUACAAAGAUUCUAACGAAAACAUGCAGCGAGCAACAACAAUUCUUGCCAAUGAUAUUGUGAACUUGACAAAGAGGUAUCUAUCUGAAGAGGAACCCGACAUCUAAACUAAAUUCCAAAGAUGCUGAACAAAUCAAGAGACUAUAUUAUUUGUGACUGUUGGACAUUUACAUAUAUAGAUUUUAUAGUGAAAGCCAGAGUAUCGUGAGGUUCUAAAUAGCUUAAGAAAGCAGAAUACGACCUGAGUUUUGUUAAUUAAAAAAACCCCACACAGUUUCUGACAACCACAUGGAUGUCAAUGUUUUGUGGUAUAUCAGAUUUUUGAAAAUUGUCACAUGCUGUCUUCUAAUGAUUGGUAUCGGUUGGAAUUUCAUCAUCGAUCAACAGUUAAAAUCGGUUUGCACCAAGCGAUCAACUUUCGAUUACACAAUCGGUUAGAAUUAUGUGAACAUAAUUUAGGAUUUGAAUUAUAAGGACCAUGCUCGUAUGCAGAUUUCUGAAAAUUGUCACAUGCUGUCUUCUAGUGAUUGGUAUCGGUUGGAAUUUCAUCAUCGAUUAUCGGUUAUAAUCGGUUUGCACCAACUGAUCAACUUUCGAUUACACAAUCGGUUAGAAUUAUAUGAACAUAAUUUAGGAUUUGAAUUAUAAGGACCAUGCUCGAAUGUCAGAUUUCUGAAAAUUGUCACAUGCUGUCUUCUAGUGAUUGGUAUCGGUUGGAAUUUCAUCAUCGAUCAUUGGUUAUAAUCGGUUUGCACCAACCGAUCAACUUUCGAUUACACAAUCGGUUAGAAUUAUAUGAACAUAAUUUAGGAUUUGAAUUAUAAGGACCAUGCUCGUGUGUCAGAUUUCUGAAAAUUGUCACAUACUGUCUUCUAGUGAUUGGUAUCGGUUGGAAUUUCAUCAUUCGAUAUCGAUUACAGUCGGUUUGCACCAACUGAUCAACUUUUGAUUACAAAAUCAUUUAAAAUUAUAUAAACAUAAGAAGGAUUUGAAUUAUAAGGAUCACGCUCUUGUUAUUGUGUUUACUGGAAUAAACACUACAAAUGGCUAAUUUUACCUUUAAUAACUGCUUAAUAUAUGUUUUCUUUAUGUACACAUGAAAACAAACCCCAACCCCAACAUAUUUACAGCAGUUCCAUCAUUUAUACAGUACAUUUUCCCACACAAUUAUGGAUUUUAUAGUCGAUGAUCAUAUCUGUAGAGCUAAAUUGAUAAAUCUUUCAUUAUAAUUGCAUGGCUUCUAGAAUUUUGUUUUAAAUUUACUAGCCACGAUUAAAAAUUGACUAACCCUACUUUACUUUUAAGUUAAAACAAUUUUACUAAAUAAUAGUACAUGUAAUAAUCAGAUGUGUCAACUAAAAAGGGAGAUAUAAACACUAACAUUGGGGGUUUGGGUGGGGUCAAGAUAAUUAUAUUUACAAAAUAGACUUAACUGCAACAUUUGACACGAAAAAUUCACUUGCCGUCGGGCAUGGCAAUGGUAGUUAUUUACUAGCCCACCAUUGAAUAUCACUAGCCAUGGGAGUUAGGCUACCAUAAUCUAGAAGGCCAGAUAAUUGAUCAGUGGAACACCACUACUGCCUACUAAAGAACAGAUCUGUCAGGCCUCUGAAAAUCGCAUCCACAAUUGUUUCAUUUGCAUGUUGCACAUGCAAGUCUAAUUUUGCAUAACCAUUUUGUUCAUUACAUUACAUUUAAGACAUGAUUAACAGUCAUAGACAGGUUAUGCAAAAUGAAAUGGGUUACCUGAAUUGUUUUAUGUAACCUGUAAAUGAUGUACACAGAUUGUCAAUUCUGAGAGGCCUGCAUGUUCCAUCAAAUUGAGGGAAUUAUGUAUUUUAGAAGUAAUGAUUAGUAAUUGUUACGAUAAUUAGCAUGUGUGUAGUAUUAACACAACUCUGGACCUAUACUGUAGUUGUAAACAGAGAGGAUCACAGAACACACAGAUUGUUAUAGGUUGUCUGUACGUAUGUGUGUGUGUGUGUGUGUGAACUACCUAUACAGUGUGUUCCAAAAGUCAGGAUCUUUUGUCAAAACAGACACUAUAGUCAUACAGUUUCCUGAACCUACACCUGCCACCAAACUUGACUAUUUGUGCUCCCUUGCACAUGCCAGCAUGGGUGACCGUCUCUCCCACCCACCCACCCAAUCUCUUUCCUGUCCUGGUCGGAGGAACGGACAAAAGUCUACACAUGCGCCCAUGACAGGUGUGUGCUACAUCUGUUUGUUCUGAAUGUGCACAUUAAAACGUAUGACCUGACCUGAUCUGGCCGUCCCCUCAGUGUCUGGCAUCGUCUGCUGUUUAUGAAUUAAAUAGAAAAAAUGGGAGUUUCUUUAAGAAGAUGUUUACCAAUUAAAGAAUGAAAAUGUCGAUCCAUUUUUUUAUGGCAACAAACUGGCACUGGUAACAUAAUCAACACAUGCCUCAUCUAGUAGAGUUCGGUGGGUGGGUGGGUGGGAGGAUCAUGUAUAAAUUAGAAUAAAAACUAAAUAAAGCCUGAACAAUGAGAAUUCAAUAAUUCAAUCCUUUCUUUUUAUAUUAGACACUCGGAGACGUUUUUUGUAAUCUACCCAUGGGUUGAGAUUAUACAUACUGUAAGUGUAUUAUAAAUGUGCAUGCAUAUUCCCUUCUCUUUUUUUAGAAGACAGUUGUCUUCAGUGUUAGUCUCAGCUGAGCUGUUGUUACUUUAAAGUUCAGGCGUGAUCUGAACUAUUGGAUGGUGCUUGUAUGGUCACUGUAUACAUACAUUCUAAAGGAGGAGUUUUGUAUUCCGUUUUAUAUUUUACAUGUGAAUCUAGUGAUAAUAAAGAUACUUAUAUAAGAAA